AUGGCUCCACCCAUAACCGACUACCCCGAACCAGUGCCCCCGAGGAAACGGCGCCGCACUGCCCUGGCCUGUGAGGAGUGUCGCGACAGGAAGCGCAAGUGUGACGGGGUCAAACCUAUAUGCGGAGCAUGCAAAGGCCGCUCUACGGCACAGUGCAUAUGGAAACAGGAAAGGAACAGCAAGGGCUGGUGGAGCAAUAGGUACAGAUGCUCAGCAUACCCAAACUCGCCGACCGACCAAGUCACAAAGUCUUACCAGUGUUGCAGUUAUGUCCAGGAGCUCAAGAGUCGUAUCAGGGAAUUGGAGGAUACGCAGAGCAUGGUGAAUAUCACAGACCACCUUGUUGACUCUACCAUCCCUCCAUCUAAUCGAGAAUUCGGGGCCCCUGUCUCCUUUGGCCUCCACCUAGAAGGCUCGCCUGCUUCUCAAGAUGUGGUCGACGAUCACGAAGACGCACCGGCUGAUCAGGGCACUCCCAUGUGCGAUGAUAUUGCCUCCCACGGCGUGAAUGCACUGGAGGUACGCCAACCAGAAACUGCCUUGCCAUUGGCAUCCGCGGAAACAGCCCCUAUCGAAAAUGCUUCAGACCAAGCCUCUGCGCUGUGGGCCGGCAUGGACUUUGAUUCAGCUUCCAAGUUUCUUCCCUCUACCAGGGAUUCUCUUGAGGAAAACGGCAGGCUGGAUAUGACCGACCUGGAAGCCGGACAACCCGCAAUGAAUGCCAUGGGAGUUGUUAUAUCUCCACAUGGUACGGCUAUUCGACCAGCAAGAAGGGGUGCGGAUUACUUUGGCCCCUCAAGCACGAUCAGUCUCCUCCGCGAAGUGCGGAGUGUCAUGGGACGACGAAAGUGUGAUCAUGGACCUUCUUUUCCUGGCAACCCGGAUCGCUGCUCGGCGUGUGAGCACAACGCCCUCUUGGUUACAAGCGAAUCAUCUCCGCCCUCAUCGACCUGGCUCAAUCAUGGAUACGAGAGCGUUAACCCUAUCUUUGGAAUGAGUCUGCCUCCAAGGCCGGCAGCGGAUCGUUUCGUCGACCUAUUCUGGACAAACAUGCACUCUCUCUACCCAUUCUUACAUUGGCCGUCCUUCCAUCACCGCUAUCUCACACUCUGGAGUCCGCAGGCAAACUUACAAGCCUAUGGAACCACUGAUACUCUGAAUGGGCCUGUGAACGGAUACUACAGUACCAUUGACGAUGCUUUAUUUCAUUGUAUGCUCAAUGUCGUCCUCGCUCUUGGUGUCCUUCACGACACCAAGAUCAGACAGCAGGAACGUGAUGAGAUCAGCGAGACUUUCUUCAAGCGCGCAAAGACUCUCCUGGACCUAGACGCGUUAGAAAGUGGAAGUGUAGCCCUCGUGCAAGUUCUUCUUCUCAUGGGCCAAUACCUUCAGACCAGAGAUAUAACAAGCUCGUGCUGGAACAUCGUUGGCAUGGCUAUUCGUGUCGCUCAAGGAAUAGGGCUACACCGCGAGUCUGAGGAUUGGGACCAAAGCGGCUCUAGCAGCUAUCGAGCCUCUGAACAACUCGAGGAGGAAAUGCGUAGGCGCGCUUGGGCUGGGUGUGCUUUGCUCGACCGAAUUCUUUCCCUGACGUACGGACGCCCUCCCAUGAUACAUGGUAGUAUCUCGCACGGCACAAUCGUCCUUCCAUCGGCAAUAGAUGACGAUUUAUUGAGUCGUGUUCCUGGUGCUCCAAGAUGCCAGCCAAGCGACACCCCGAGCCUUGUGGAAUGUUACGUUCAUGCACUUAAACUACAAGACAUUCUAGGUCAAUUUCUCACUUCCUUUUACUACCAAGGCUCGGACAACGAGACAGCUUCCUCCCCAGGCCUUGGGCAAAGGACGAACAACGAGCCUACUAAAUCUCAAAGGAAUUGGAUCAGUGACGCCGGGCUUCAAAAGCUGCUUGAUGUAGAUCGCCAGCUCGAUACAUGGAACAAGGAUCUGCCGGCGCAUUUGCAAGUGCACCACUACUCAGAGGAAAAUCUGUUUCCGGGCAGUCCACGCUCCUCAAGGUCCGUCAUCUUUUGCCGGCAAGCCACAGUGCUCAAAGCGAGGUAUAUUACUCCAGUUCACUUGAUCAAAGCAAACAUCUUGCGCCCGAAACCUCUCGCAGUUGCUAACCCUCGCAGGUCUCUGUAUGUGCGUAUGAACCUGCUUAGACCUUCAUUGUCGGAACUGUGCAAUUCGGUCAGCAAGACUGGCCUGCCGUCAACUCAGCCUGAUUCAAUAAAUACGAGUGUGCGCGAGAUCAUGCUGAUAAAGUCCGGAAAUCUGUGUGUGUCUGUUGCGCAAGAACUUGUUUCUCUAAUAACAGAAAACUCCCACGCCCGAGCCCAUUUCCUACCACCGCCAUGGUACAACGUACUUUACAUACACGGCUGUGCCCUCGUGCUUCUCUUGGGCUCUCUCUGUCUGCACAAAGUUAGCGACGUCGAACAACACAGUUUGAUGGCCGAUUGGGACCGCUGUUUGACCUUCCUUCGUGAGUAUCAGUCACAAAGUCAGUCCGCGCCCAGGUGCAUUAGACUCUUGGAACUUCUACAACAAGAGGCCUCGAGCUACAGUAAUGGUACGUCUUUGAAAGUUCUACCCAAGCUUACAUACUAA